AUGGCCCCUCCGUACGCCGGCACCGUCGUGGUUCCCAUCGAGCCCUACUCCGAUGGCGACCCUACACAUUGUCCAACUCGCGCAGAGUACAGGCUGCAGGACCCACCGGCGAUCUAUCUGGAGAAGCUCGCAGAAUCCUGGAUGAAGGAGCGCGGCGAAUUUCAUAAAGGAGUUGCAUACACUUUGGACAGAUUGCCACAUGGUUACACUGUCUGGGGCAGGCCUAGGAAGAACCAGCCUCAACACAUCGACAAAUGGGCGUAUGGCCAUCCGGAGGGGAUGACUUUUGAUUCCCCCAAUAGAUUCUUUCCCCAUUUCCUCCAUCUCAUGAACAACAAGGGAAGUAAUAUCGGAUGCCCAUGUACCAUCUGCAACAGCGGGGCCAGAGGAAAGGCUUCAACGGCACCGUCUUCAAGCACGAAGCAUGCCUCAGUUCAGGCUGUACAGAAGAUUCUUCCAAAGUUCAAGGGCAGACCGCGCCAAGUCGAUACAUCGGAAUUACGCACAGAUGAUGAGGGCACACCCGACAUUUAUCGAAACCUCAUUGACAAGCUGAAGCGCGAAGGCCAUGUCAAUGAGCCCAUUAAAGAGACCUUAAGCUUAGAUUGGAGGGCUGAACGUAACUGCCUUCCAAAGCUUCUCGAUAAGCUAUCAAAACAGGGCCAUUGGAUUCCCCGGCCGGGAGAGCUUGUACUGUUUGUACGCAACUUGUCACCCGACGCCACUGAGAUUUGCUUCGACGACGCUACUGGACAGUACAAAGUCUGGAGCACCGUUCAACGCCGAUUCGGCUCUCAUCCGCGGUGGGAGGCCGGUGUCAUCACGCAAGCCGCAGCUGAGACGCCGCGCGUGGAGGACUUGACCACUGAGACUGAGAAGCAAUACCAACGCAACUAUUCCGGCUUCAGGGUUGAGCUGAUACCUGACCCAAAUAGCCCUCUAAAGCAGUUGUCCAAGCAGCACAAGUACCUUCCUUUAACUGCAAUACGCCCUUUCGCUUUCUGGUCUGAAUUUCUCUGCGGAAUUUCCGAAGACGACUGGCAUCCCACAAUCAAACAUGCCUUCACAGCCAUGUCCUCGUUCUCGCUCGUAGAAAAACAGCGGUUCGUGGGUACGUGGCCGACUGCAUCGGUCGCCUGCCGAGGGAUCUACAUUGGCUCGGAGUUAGUCCUGUGUGGCGACACUGUACGCUUGAUGCCAAGACAGCAAGGGGCGGACGUCACGGACAUUUUGAAAAUCACGUCUAUCAAGUUGAAUUUCGUGAACUUGGACACGGCAAGUGACGAUGACUAUGACCAGGGUCAUCCCUACAACUCAUUUGUCCACAUAACCGGCAAAGCGUUUACAACGGAGCCAAUGCGCGCCGCAAGCCGAAUUCCUCUUACAGAAACAGAGAGGAGUGGAACACCGAUUGAAGGGUACGAAGAUGAAUGGUACUGGUUGCAUGAUCCAGAGAAAAGCUUACGCAUUCCCUUUAACCGUAUUCUCGGCCGCUGCUUCGAAGCUGAGGCAAUGCAGCUGUGGUUUCCCUCGAAGUCUUCCAGCUACAAUAAUGAGCAAGGUCCGGAGCUAUCAAGAGGUCUUGAGGGCCUAUUGCGGGCGCGGCAGUAUUCGUCGCAGGAAUACUCCAAGAUCGAGAAGGGCAAGUCAUGGUUUUGGGGCGACAGUCGUGUUGAAGCACUGGACCUUGCGACAGUAAAUGGUCACGAAGUCGGCAAACACGACAAAUCUCGCGACCCCAAAACAUGGCGCAAACUGCUCAAGGUCAAGGAGGGUAGCGCCGGGAGUGAGGAUAAGCUCGCGCUGAAGAAGACAGCGCUAGCGGAGCGCCCGUUACGGACAAGCAGCAGCGGGAGCUCGAUGUUCAACUCAUGGCGGGCGAUCAAUGUCCCGGAAGAGCGCGAUGAAAGAAUGGAAGGGACACAGGAAACCCUCAAAAGACCCCAUACUAGCAUGAUGGAAGAUGACGACGAUGAGGCGGCGGCCGAUCAGCUCAUCGACGAGCUUGCCGGAAACGUUGGUCUCGCUCAGAGCGACGAGGAGCCGGCCGAGAGCGAGAGUGACGACGUCAUUAUGCUAGAUGAGGCGCCGGCGCAGUCUAAGAAGCAGAGGCGAUUAGGGUUUCGCAACGGGUAG